AUGGCUGCACCUACUCAGGCGGACAUCGAGUAUAUGCUCAUGCACCAAGACGACGACCGCAGACCAAACUACAUCGCUGCAAAUGCUAUCAUCAUCGGUCUGGCAAUUCUGGCGGUGGUGCUCCGUUUCGUCUCCCGGACGUUAGCUGGUGUAAGGCUCGGGUUAGACGACUACACUAUUUGCGCAUCCUUGUGGGCAUUGGUCGCUGAAACGUUCUACAACGUCUCCAUCAUGACGACAAAGAUCUCUAUCCUUGCGCUGUACAAUCGUAUUUUCCCGUUCCGCUGGUUCAAACUGUCGAUAUACGGGCUUGGGGCUUUUAUCAUCGCUUACUCAGUGCCUCAAAUGUUCGGCACGAUCUUCCAGUGUGUUCCAAUUCACUCCAAAUGGACGCCUGGUGUGGUUCCAAAGUGCAUCAACUACGUCGCCAUGAUCGUUGCCUGCGGCGUGAUCAACAUCGUCACGGAUUUCAUCAUGCUGGGUCUUCCCAUAUUUCCCCUCUGGUCUCUUCAAGUGUCGUCGCAUAGAAAGUGGGCUUUGACAUUCAUGUUUCUGAUUGGAGGACUUGUUUGCAUAAUCAGCAUUGUCAGACUAUUCUACGCGCAGCACGUAGCCACUGUGGACCCGACAUGGGACUUCGUGUGGCCUUCAACCAUAUCCGGCCUAGAAUGUUGCAGCGCGAUCAUUGCAGCAUGUGUCCCCACGUGGCGACCAUUGGUGAACAAGAUCCGCCAUGGAGUAGCCGCAGAGAACACUGUGCCACAACCGACGAAGGCGACGAACGGCGCGUGGAGCAGAUCCGGAGGAAUCACUGUGCCGCUUCGUCGUCUGCUCAACAGCAAACGGAGUAAUAUCAGCGUAACAUCGGAUGACAGCCACGACGCCCGUCUCUACAACGAGCUUAGACGGAAUAACGACUUUGAAGCUAGGAUCGAAACGGCCCCGGACAAUGAAUGGCCGCAAUCCCAUGCUUCCAAGAAAAACAUCCUCGUCACUCACUCAUUCACUUCUCAGAGUACUUAG